AUGACCUUCACGGAAGAGAUUGAAUUGAAUGCUGCGCAUGUUCAUUCGAGGAAUAUAAACUCCAAUAAAUUUGACGAUCGGGACCACCCAGCCACUCCUAUCGGUGAAUUACCAAACAGCUUUGACACACCAAGACAAGACCAAUCAGUUCAGUCAUCGAUUGAAUUCCAACGGACAUCUGAUUCGCCGUUGUCUUCUUCUUCUUCAGCAUCCUCAAGUCCAGAUGAUGACACAUUUGCCAGAUUCAAAAAUGUGCAACCGUACGCCGUUCUAGUUGGUUCAUUUCUUGGGCUUGUUGUUAACUUAGGGUUGAUCAACUCCAUUGGUGCUGUGCAAUCUUAUGUUUCAGUAAAUCAGUUUAAAGGGUAUUCUGCCAGCACAGUUUCUUGGAUCUUUUCAAUUUAUUUGGCAUUGGCUUACGCCGGGGCAUUAAUCUCGGGUCCAUUAUUUGACUCAAAUGGAACGUUAUGGCUAUUAAUAUAUCUGACAUCGUUUAUAUUUGCUGGACUAAUGGGGGCAGCCAGUAGUGUUGAAGUUUGGCACUUUAUUUUGAGUUUUAUAAGUUUAGGUGUCGGCAAUGGCUUUGGCAUGGCUCCGUUAGUGUCUGUUAUAGGCCAUUGGUUUAGCCCCAAGAUUAAAAAUCUGGACAAUUCAAAUAUUGCCUUAGACGAUGAUGAUAAGAUAGAGAAGUUUGAAGGCAUGAAUAGCAAGCUAGGUGUUGGAUUCAGCACCGGGCUUGCAACAGCAGGAGGAAGUAUUGGCGGGCUAGUAUUUCCAUUAAUGUUGAGAAAGUUGUAUUCACUGGUGGGAUUUGUAUGGGCUCUUAGAAUAUUAGCAUUCACAUGUUUGGGUUGCAUGAUUUGCUCAAUUGUCUUAGUGAGGGAGAGGUUUAGGAAAGAAAAGAGACUGAAUAAACUUUCUUUCCAAUGGAACGAGGUGCCUGGUAAAUUUAUUGAGUUUUGCAAAGUGAGAGAUACAAUUUUUUUGUUUAUUAUCUGUGGUGGGUUUUUUACCGAGCUUAGUCUCGUGUUACUAGUCACAUAUUUUGCCAGUUACGCCAUAGCUCAUGGAAUGAGCGAAUCCGACUCUUUGGUUUUGAUUACAAUAUGGAAUGGUAUCGGGACUUUAGGAAGAUUCUUGCCUGGUCUAGCUAGUGAUUACUUUGGAAGGUUCAACAUAAAUGUGAUUAUGUUGGUGGGCUAUUGUUUGACGAUAUUGGUGUUGCUACUUCCAUUUGGAAAUAAUCACAAGGUGCUUUACGCGUUUAGCGUUUUGGGAGGAUUAUUCUCGGGAUCAAUACUUAGUCUUUUGCCAGUGUGUUUGUCACAAAUUUCCAAGGCUAAUGAAUUGGGCAAGAAGUACGGAAUAUUGAACUUUUAUCUUUCGUUGGCCAACCUUUUCGGUAUCCCAAUCGCCGCAGCAAUAAUUAAACACGGCAAAGUGCACGACUAUGAUAACUUUAUUAUCUUUGUUGGCUGUUUAUCAGUGGCUGGAUUAUUUUUUUGGCUCCUUGCACGAGCUCAGAUCGUGGGGAUGAAAUUGAAUGUCAAAGUGUAG